AUGGUUCAGAAACUCGACCAGAAGCUGCCUGUAGCCAAUGAGUACCUGCUGCUUUCAGGAGGUGUGCGGGAAGGUGUGGUGGACAUUGAUCUCGAUGAGCUGAAUGUUUAUGCACGAGGCACAGACUAUGACAUGGACUUCACCCUGCUUGUGCCUGCACUGAAGCUGCAUGACCGCAACCAACCAGUCACGCUGGACAUGCGCCACUCGGCUUUGUGCCACUCCUGGCUGAGCCUGCGUCUGUUUGAUGAAGGAACUAUCAGCAAAUGGAAGGACUGCUGCACGAUAGUGGACCAUAUCAAUGGAGCUACCAAUUAUUUCUUCUCCCCAACAAAAGUCGCAGACUGGUUCUAUGACUCCAUUAGCAUUGUCCUCUCUGAGAUCCAGAAAAAGCCCCAACGGGGGAUGCCAAAGGUGGAGAAGGUAGAAAAGAAUGGGACUAUCAUAUCCAUCAUUUUGGGAGUGGGCAGCAGCCGCAUGCUGUACGACAUUGUCCCUGUGGUGUCCUUCAAAGGCUGGCCAGCUGUGGCCCAGAGCUGGCUGAUGGAGAACCACUUCUGGGAUGGGAAGAUCACAGAGGAGGAAGUCAUAAGUGGUUUUUACUUAGUGCCUGCAUGUUCAUACAAGGGGAAGAAGGACAAUGAAUGGAGGCUUUCAUUUGCCAGAAGUGAAGUGCAGCUGAAAAAGUGCAUCUCCAGCAGCCUCAUGCAAGCCUAUCAGGCCUGCAAAGCUAUCAUCAUCAAAUUGCUGUCCCGCCCCAAAGCCAUUAGUCCAUAUCACUUGAGGAGCAUGAUGCUGUGGGCUUGUGACAGACUACCAGCCAGCUACUUAGCCCAAGAGGAUUACGCAGCCCAUUUCCUCCUGGGUCUCAUUGAUGAUCUCCAGCACUGCUUGGUCAACAAGAUGUGCCCUAAUUAUUUCAUCCCCCAGUGUAAUAUGCUGGAGCACCUCUCUGAAGAAACAGUCAUGCUGCAUGCACGGAAGCUGUCCUCGGUCCGCUCAGACCCUGCGGAACACCUUCGAACUGCCAUUGAACAUGUCAAAGCAGCCAACCGGUUAACGCUAGAGCUCCAACGGAGGGGCAGCACCACCAGCAUCCCCUCCCCGCAGUCAGAUGGAGGGGACAUCAACCAGCCUGAUGACCGAUUAGCCAAAAAGUUGCAACAGCUAGUGACUGAGAACCCCGGGAAGUCCAUCUCUGUCUUCAUUAACCCAGACGAUGUCACAAGGCCCCACUUCAGAAUUGAUGAUAAAUUUUUCUGA